AUGAAGCGAAUCCUAUUCUUGACCAGCGUUCCACCACAUAUCACCGAGCAAUACGUAUCUGACAAUGACUGGUCGAAUGAGAUGCUGCCAGCGCGUCUGUCGGACAGGGGAGCCUCGAUAACCAUCAAACAAUGGACCGACGAGGACAUAAUUGCCACCCUGCUGGAGAGCGACCUCGCCACGUUCCUCUGGGCGGAGGAUUACGUUCGAUAUCCCGAUGCGUUUGAGCGCUUCCUGCAGACAGCCAAAAAGGCAAUUGAAGCCAAUGGAGAGGGAAAGAAUUGUCCGCAGGUGAUUAACCAUAUCGACCUGGUCGAGUGGAACAUGGACAAGAGAUAUCUCCUCGACAUGCAAGCGGCUGGAUUCGAUAUACCCAAGACUGAGAUAUUCGAUAUAGAGCGGCCCUGCUCUGUGUCUAUGCUUCUCCAACAGCUCGAGGCGUUCCAAUCGUCCGGUCCUCUCGUGCUGAAACCAUCCGUAUCUGCAUCCUCCAACAAUACCCAUUUCAUCCCGGACAUCUCUAAGCUAUCAGACAACGACGCCAGAUACUUGGAAUCGGUUGCAAAAGGUGAACUCCAAAGUUCCUUAGUCGUGCAGCCAUUCGAACCAGCAAUCACCACGGGGGAAUACUCGUUUGUUUUCGUCAGCCAAAGGCUUUCCCACGCUGUGCUGAAGGUGCCCAAGAGUGGCGAGUUCAGGUGCCAGGAGCAAUUCGGUAGUCGGGUUACUCGCAUACCUAUCGAGUCCUUAGGGGAGAGCACGUUAUCUACUGUGAAUGCUAUUUUCGACACCCUCUGGGAACGGUUUGGGAAUGGAACUACAGGGGGGAUGGGGUAUUUGCGUAUUGAUGGCUUGGUGACCGAGGACCGUCCAUUUAUCUUGAUGGAGAUUGAAGCUAUUGAGCCGCAUCUUUAUCUAGAGAUGGACGGUCUUGAAGACCUGCUUUCUCUCUUGUUGAAAUAA